AUGAACGAGUCUCAAGUAUCUAGAGUUUUUGGAAAAAAUCUUGAAAAUCAAGUAGAUAAGGCAUCCAAGAUUCUAAAAGGGAAAAAAGAUAUAAUAUUUGAUGAAUUAGGAGGGAAAGAAAAUAUAAUAAAUGAUGCAAUUUGGACAAAGGAGGGUUUGAAUAAAUUAGAUUCUCCUUAAGUUGUUAGCUUGUAUUAACAAGAAAUAUAUGAAUUUUUAUAUGAAAAAGAAAAAAGUAUGGGAGAACCAAAUUUUUAAAUGUCUUCCACAAAAAUCAAUGAUACUGUAAGAGCUACAACAGUAUAUUAUUAUAUUAAAUAUAGGUUAGAUAUAUAGUAAAACUUGUUAGAUGUUUUAAUUUAAAGUCUGAAACACUAUUUUAAACAGUUGAUUUGAUGGAUUAAAUAAUUCCACUCAUAAAUCCUGAAAUUGGAGAAUUGGAGCUUAUUUCAUUAACAUGUCUUUUUAUAGCAUGUAAAUAUGAAGAAAUAUAUCCACCUCCAUUAGCAGCAUUAUUAAGAGCUACUGAUAUUAUAGUUAAAGAUGUUAUUGAGAUGGAAAAAGAAAUACUUAGUAGAUUAAAUUUCAAUGUUAUUAGUGAUAAUACUUUAGUAUGGUUAUAAAUAAUAGGAGAAAUGUUAGGUUACAAUAGUAAAUAUUAAGAUUAAAUAAAGCAAAGAUGUAUGUAAGUUUAAUUCUCAUUUUAUUAGGAAUUUAGCUGAAACUAGUUUAACUUCUUCAUUAUUUUUGAAUCAUAAAAAAUCAUCAAUUGCUAUAAAUAUUUAUAUGGCUGUAGAAAUGAAUUUAGGUUGUCAAAAAACAUAAUUUAAAUGGGAAAGAUUAACUUAACAUUAAAAACCAAGUAAUGAAUCAAAAACACUUAAAUUAUUGACUUAUAUAUUGAAAAGCAAAUGA